AUGUUGAAAAAAACUUUAUUUUUUCUUUUGCUAGUAACAGCUUGCCUUUCUUUCCCCACUUUAAUCGAAAAUGUCAAUUUUGGAUUAGUAGACUGGCUUCGUAAGGAUUUAUCAGAUAUAAAUUUUGAGAGUUUGAUUCAAAACGACUACGAAUUUGUUCAUGGUGUUGCUAGUGGUGAUUCCACCAAUGAUUCUGUAAUAUUGUGGACAAGGAUUAGUCCAAGUAUAGAAACAACUGAUGAUAUCCCAGUAUUCUUAUCAAUUUCAGAAGACAAAUUGUUUAAGAAUCAAUCCACAUUUACUGUUGUGACAAACCAAAAAGUUGAUUAUACAGUCAAGGUAGAUAUUACUGGUUUAUUGCCCAACAGAGAUUAUUAUUAUCAAUUUUUCGCCCUUUCAGGAAGAUCCAGUAGAAUCGGACAUACCAAGACCUUUCCUAAUGAAAACGAUAUUAUUGAGGAAAUCAAAUUUUCAGUACAUUCGUGUUCUAAUUACGCAGGUGGGUUUUUUACUGCAUAUGCAAUGUCGGCCAUUAAAGAAUCGGUGGAUUUCGUUAUCCAUUUAGGUGACUAUAUCUACGAAUAUGAGAAUGGAAAAUAUACUAAUGGUACUGAUAUUGGUAGAACUCAUUUUCCCAACAAAGAAUUAUAUGAGCUUGAUGAUUAUAGACAAAGAUAUGGAUCCUAUAGAUUGGAUGAAGAUCUUCAAUUAUCUCAUGGAGAUUAUCCUUGGGUUGUUGUUUGGGAUGACCAUGAACUUGCUGAUAAUAGUUGGUUGAGGGGGAGUGUUAAUACUCAAGGUAUUGAGUAUGUUAAUAGAAGAAAUGCUUUUCUUCAGGCCUAUCACGAAUGGAUGCCGAUUAGACCUCAAGAAAAUUUGUCAAAAAUCUGGAGACCCUUUAAUUUUGGUGAUUUGGCUGACUUGUUUAUGAUCGAUACAAGACAUUAUUCCAGAGACGUUACUGACACUUAUGAUAAUGGGGAUUAUAUUGCUUCCAUUGCGGAUAGACCUGAGAGAACAAUGAUGGGUUUCGACCAAGAAGAAUGGCUUUAUACGUCUUUGAACAAAUCCAAUGCUACUUGGAAGUUAAUUGGUAGUCAAACUGUUGUCAACUCCAUUUCAUUUGAAAAAAUUGGUGAAAUCAUUGGUGACCCUUUUACAGAAAGAAAUUAUGAUUCCUUCGAUGGUUAUACUGCUAAUAGAAAGAGAUUCAUCGAUGCUAUUGUUGAAAACGAUCUUCAAAAUGUGAUUUUAUUCUCAGGUGAUUUUCAUAUCUCUUGGGUACAUGAAAUUUUCUCUAAUUCAAGUACUUACAAUUUUCAAUCAGGAAAAGGUUCAUCUAUUGUCGAAUUUGCAGUGACUGGUACCUCAUCACCAACCACAUUUCCUAAGAAUUAUACUAUUGAACAAUGCUACGACGUAUCAGAGUUGUUAGUUUCCAGUAAUGAAGGAGUAGUUUGGAAUGAAGGUUGGUUCAGAGGCUAUUCAGAGGUCAAUGUCAACAAAGAUGAAUUGGUCGUUAAAUUUUAUGGGGUAGAUGUAAAAAACAACGAUAGAGAGGAGGUCCUUUUAGCAACAUUUGCAGUAGACAAGAAUACCAAUCAUGUUAGAAGAGACUUCAAUGACGUUGUUGCUUAUGGAUAUCUCGACAAAAAAUUAUCUUAA